CUCAAGAAGAAGGAGUCCAAGGCGCUUUGUGGUAUAGUAUCAGAUUGAUGUAUCUUUGUUGAACUGUGUAAUAAAGUGCUUAUUUGAAGAAACAAUCUAUUGGAGUGCAAAGUCUAGUUUUGUACAGCUAACAGAGAAUAGUGUCUAGGACACAAUUCCUUUUCCCUCAGAACUAAGAAACGGUCAUCGGCAGAUCCGGACAGCGAACCCCGCUCUAGCCAUAUCCAAACGAUCUGCGCGGAGGACGGACCUGGUCCGGUAGACUCCAACAGCUUGGUGACCCUGACGUGAUGGUCUAGAGCAGGUAGUCUGGACACCGAUGACCUUCUGAGAGGACACCAAAAAACAUUGAGUUUACGGCUUUUACAAGAAACCAUCUCACACAAUCAAAAACCCGGGUAACUCAGAAUCAAGGUAAGCAUCUGCCUGUUACAACAAAUAGAUGUGUUUGAAAUACCACUACAUUUUAGGAUUGUGUGAAAAUGGCAGAAAUAAUUGUCUCAGCUAAAAAGUAAAGAUAAAACGUAAAUAAAAUUGUGUGCACUAAAUAGAUCAACAAGGGCAUAAACAAAUCUGUGGUGAGAAGCGGGUGAAACCCGUAAUUUAUGAGGAUCCGCCGCGGUCCAAAGGGAAGGUGUAAACCUGGUCGCCGUACCAGUAGCCAUAGUACAGUGUAAAACUAGGCAAGGCCCUAGUAUCUAAGGAAGGUGUAAAACUGGUCGCCGUACCAGUAGCCAUAGCACAGUGUAAAACUAGGCGAGGCCCUAGUAUCUAAGAAAAGGUAGAAGACUAGCAAAAGACGCUAGCAACCAGAUAAUCUGAUAAAGAAAGAUAAGGAAAAGUAGAAAAUGGAAGGCGAAUUUGCGAGAGAAGAAGCACUAGGCUUCAAAAUCCCAGAUGUACGUCGCGAGGUUUGGAAAGAAUGGGUGGAAGAAGGACAAAAGGAAGUUGAGAAAAAGGAUCACAAAAAAUGGGAAAAAGGGGUAGCAAAAUUGUACCGAAAAUUUACAGAUAAUGGCAUACUGACAGCACACAGACAAAGAACUAAGGAUAAAAAAGGAGAGUUGUUAGGAGGGAAAGAUACAAAAGGAAUGUUCAAAAAAGCCACCAAAGGGCUAGAAGAAGAGCUCUGUCGUCACAAGAGCAUAGACCCAGGGCGAUGGUCACUCAAAAAGAAAGCACACCAAGACCAACAAGAAAAACUAGAACAAUUAAUUAGGACCUCAUAUGCCAUGGUCUCAGCCGCUGGCCGCCUGGAAGAAACAAAUAAAACCACCCCGGCCACACAAGCCCCCCUAGUAGCCGCGCCAGUAGCAGCACCGGCAGUAAAAAACCCCGCAGUAGCAGAACCCCCAUGCAUCAGACAUGCAGCUGGAGUGGCUAGAGUACUAAGGAAAAUCCAACACAUAGUGAUGAGACACCCACUCACAGUGCUCACAAGCCAUAGCAUUGUAGCCCUAGUCAACUCAGCGGCCUUCACCAUGACAUCAGCAAGACAGACCAGGUUAGAAAAGUCUCUGACACAGCCACACAUAACCUACACACAUGAAGGCACCAACAUGGCAGACUACUUACCAGGAGAAGGAGUCCCACACAGGUGUGAGGAAAAAGUAGUACAGGAUGUAAAAAUACGCCCAGACAUGCAGGAAACGCCAGUAACAGGGGCAAGAGACAUGUUCACUGACGGAUGUUGUUACAGACACCCACAGGACGGCCUAAAAGGGGCCUACGCUGUGGUAGGACGAAGUAAUGAGACAGGACUUUUUGAAAACAUUGACUGCUCCACCAUCAAAGGAAAAGUGUCAGCUCAACUAGCUGAACUAAAGGGCGUAAUCGCCGCUUUGAACCAAGGAAUAGAUCAAGACAUCAAUGUGUACACAGACUCAGCAUACGUACACGGGGUAGUGCACCACGACCUAAAAAGAUGGCUCAGGGCAGGAUUCGUAACUAGUACAGGAACACCAGUGAAACACUAUCACAAAAUCAAGGCGUUAGAGGAGGCUAUCAUGAAACCCAACAGAGUAGCUGUAAUCAAAUGCAAAGGACACUCCAAAACCACAGGGUACCUAACCGAUGGAAACACUGCCGUCGAUCUGGCCGCCAAGCAGGCAGCCAGAUACAAAGCCACAUUCUCACAAAUGGUUGUACGGGCUCCCCAAGAAGGAAUACUAGAAGCCAGAACAGAUGAGGAGUUGGCUAAAGAACAAUCUAAAGCUUCCCCGCAAGAACUAACGGCCUGGAGAAACAAAGGGGCAAGAAAGGGAGCAAAUUACAUUUGGUACUCCCCAGACGGGAGGCCAGUGAUCCCACCAGGGUGGGUAAGAGCUAUGAUGAAGGAAGCACACUCAAUGGCACACGUAGGAAAUAACCAAAUGGUUAGGGCCCUGACCCAUUGGUGGCACCCUUACCUACCAGAUUUAAUAGCUAAUCAUCUUGAAGAAUGCAGUAUUUGUGGACGCUACAAUGUGAGGGCCACCAUCAAACCACAUGAGGGAAAGUUUCCUGCAGUAACAAUGGCAGGGGAGGAGAUAGUCAUAGACUAUACAGACAUGAUAGACAGACACAGGGGAAAGAGGUACAUACUCAUGGUUGUGGAUGCCUACACAGGGUGGCCAGAAGCCAUCCCCUGUGCAAAAGAAGACAGCCAGUCUGUAAUCAACUUCCUGGUACAAACCUACAUUCCAAGACACGGGUUCCCCAAAAAGAUUCGCAGUGACAAUGGAAGCCACUUCAAAAAUCACGAUUUAGCGGUGGUGGAAGCCUCUCUUGGGCUAACCCACAGAUUUGGAGCAGUGUAUCAUCCACAAUCACAGGGAAAGGUUGAGAGAAUGAACUUAAAUCUAAAACAGAAACUAGCAAAGGCGAUGGAAGAAACAGGAAUGACAUGGUUGGAGGCACUACCUCUCGCCCUAUUGGCUAUCAGGAGUUCCAUUUGCAGGACCACUGGGUUCACUCCAUAUGAAAUGACUCAUGGGCACCAGUUUCCAGGCCCAGGGGCGGGAGCCACGGUUUCAAAGGAACUGUAUGACAAAGUGGGGCACCAGGCCUACUAUAAACAACUAAAAUGCCUCGUUGCAGAGUUCGCGGACGAAUCCACAGCAGCCAGAGCCAAAGGACACACAGAGGAAGCUGAGGGCAGCAGGGACGCUGAAUACGUCCGCCUGAAGACGAUCAAACCCAAGUGGUGUGCUCCAAGGUUCUCUGAACCACUCAAGGUAACCCAGCGAACAGAUCAUGCAGUCAGAGUAGACGGAAAAGGAGACACGUGGUACCACUGGAGCAGGUGUGUGGAAGCACCAGCACCUACCAGGACCCUCGCUGACACCAUCCAGGACCUAGGCCAACUGAACAUCAGGCAAACAACCGAAGCCCCCCAACCCCCAAGUGUGGACAUCGACUCCACUUCCGAGGAGGAGGAGACAACAGGGGAACCAACGGCAGCCCAGGAGAUAACAGCCGGCGAGGAGGCACAACAAGGGACCGCUCCCCCAAAGUAGGCGGUACACCACACGCAUCACAUACACACACCACAUAAGAGACACUCACCUACACUGAUACACCAAAGAACUUUUACAAGAAAAACAAAGAUGAAGAAGAACUCAGGACCUAAUCAACACCUCUAUUGCUUGGCCUUAACACUGUGUUUUUUCAUUAUUGUUGGAAUAAUCAUUAUCAUAGUGGGUGAAAGGGGGAGGCAAAUCAUUGACCAAAGUAAUAAUCCAAAUUCCCCACAAAAUAAAACUACACAAGAUACCUUUUCUCCUCCAAAAAACAGCCUAACUAGACACGUCCGCAAUGUGGCCGGCACAGUAGAUACGGCAAAUUUCACCCAAUGUAACCAGAAAGAUGCAUUGAGACACAUAUCGCUGACAAUUUACCUACCCUCGGACUCAAGCACCACUACCCUCAUCCCGUACACCAGUUUGUCAAACGAACUCAACCAAAAAGGAGGGUCGUGGGGAAACAAAUACCAAUGGUACAUGACGCUAGACUUUUGGUUCGGAAAAGGCGAUCCCAAUGAAAGAUAUAGCUAUGGUCGAGCGUGGACCGACUUGGUGGGAGAGACAGGGGCGGAUUGGAGUUCAUCGUCAACAGGAACAGCGAAAAAAGUAAGGCAAAGAGUACACCUGGCAAAAUCCUCAUCUGGCCUCGUAGUACAGUUAGACUUAACUGGGGUACCCCAACCCAAGAAAGAUGAACCCCCUUGCGCAUCCUUUUAUCUAUGGCCCAAGACAUCGCCAAGCCCCCAAUUCUCUAUAUACGUAUGCAUGUCCAGUCGCAUUAAAAGACCACAAUCUGACAUAGUAUCCGUCCAAAAGGGGGUGGUGAUCCACUCCACUAAGGAGUGGACAACUGAUCAAGAGUUCCAAGCAGCAACUGGAAUCUCGGGACACACAGCAAACAGCAACAACUGGUUACUGAUGGCACAACAAGCCGCGCUAGACACAGGCGAUGACUGCCUCGUUUGUAUGGGAGCCAGACCCCUGCUCCACAUAAUUCCUGCCCCGGUAGAACCAAGGUGUGCCACUGAAAUAAUGGGGACAGACAACCCUCAACACAAUUGCUCUAAAUACGAAGUUUACUUCCCUUUAGCCAACUCGGAAUUAAAAAAGCCCUUAUUCUUUGCAAAAGUUCCGAGGUUGAAUUAUACCUGUUUCCACACCACAAUCAGAAACACCGGGGGGUUCAACAAAACUCUCUGCGACCACAUAGUGACACCAACUACACCUGGACGUGGUGUAAUCCGAGCAGACAUAUGGUUCCACUGCGGUGGCAACCAACUCCACGAAUGGAUGUCAGUGUUCGGUAAAUACAAAACCCUGGUCACCUCAGUAUUGGUAUCAAUGGCCGUGUUUGCAGCAAUUUUGACCUUGUGCGGGUGCUGCUGCAUCCCUGGUAUCCGCUCAAUGGUGGACAAAAUAAUUAGUACCGCCAUAGCACCUUCUACUCCCCUGGGCCAACAAUUCGCCUUGCUAUCCUUAGAAAACAACCCAGACAUUGAAGAAGGCGAAGAAGAAGCGGCAGCAAUGGACACUUUCCCGACAGCACCACCAGUACCACCGUAUGGCAGAAUGUGGGAAAGAGAGACAGAAGCCUAAAACAGCUGACAUAAAUGUACAUAAACAAUAGCGUUGUUUUGUUGCCCCAAUCAUUAGAAUGGGGCAAAAGGGGCAUUGAAGGAUAAAGAUAAGGCAAAUGUGGCAGUGAAUAUAAGAUAUAGUGGGCCUAUCAUGGAAAAGCUAAGACAUUGAGCUGUCUGAGUGGAAAAGUACAGUACUGUGUUAAAGUCCAACUGCUGAGAAGCCUCAGUGGAAAUAUACUAUGUGAAUACUGUGUGCAACAAAAACGCGGGGUCAACCAGAUUAAGAACAGAGGCAUCCUGUUAUGUCCAAACUGAUAAGCCACAAGGUUGCAGAACUCAUUAUUCUCACACUAAAUCACCCACCAAGCAGGCGCAACAGUUCACAAGGGCAGUCUUGUGAGUGAAACCAGAUAAGGAAGUGAGUGAAAGCAAAUAAGGAAGUAACAAAAGCGCGCCGAAGGCUAACCUAAGAGUUGCUAGGGUAGCAACGGCAGAUUACACCACAAGAAAGCAGCGAAGGUGGGGGCUCCGCUAGGAACAGUAUAUAAGCAGGAUGUAUUCAGUACUCGAGGCUCUCUCUUCAACUGGGAUCUUACACUGACGAGCUUGUCACGGUGAGAACUCAAGAAGGAGUCCAAGGCGCUUUGUGGACACAAUUCCUUUUCCCUCAGAACUAAGAAACGGUCAUCGGCAGAUCCGGACAGCGACCCCGCUCUAGCCAUAUCCAAACGAUCUGCGCGGAGGACGGACCUGGUCCGGUAGACUCCAACAGCUCCAACACAGUUUGAAACCAGAGGGUGACCUUCACCAAUUUUAGAAAUGAAACCUGACAUUUCAUGGGAUUUUCACGUCUUUAUCGGCAGAAAAAUAGAGUCGCUUUUUAUGUAGUCUACAGAAAUAUGGAUAUAAUUGGUGUACAAUUAACGUUUACAGCAGGAUAAAUUACAAAAAUGUACAGCAUACUACAUACAAUUCAAAAUACGGUUUCUCCGAUUUCUAAAAUAAAAAUGCUGGCGUAGCCGAUAAAUGAUUUGUGUUGCUUUCAAUGCAAAAUCACUACACGUCAACGAAAUGUCGGCGUAUUCUUUAAAAAAAAAACCUUCAGUUUUAAUAAAACCGAGUAGUCUUUAAAGUAUGCAGUGAUAUCCUUUACAAGGAAAACAUUGUGCAUUGGAAAAUAUAAAGUAGAAAAUGAUUGAAACAACAUAAAAAGAUAAGCCAAAAAAAAGACUGAAAUCAGCAUAAAAAGCUAAGC